GAUGCUAUUUUGGGCUUUGUUGCGGCAGCGUGAUAAUUAUGAAUAAUUGAUUCGAUCCUUCUAUCCAACUUUGUCAAGAUUUAACGUCUUUUCGACGGAUAAUCGGGAAGAGGGCAACUCUUGAAACAAUUGCUUGGCUGGUUCUCUGUCACUGACGUCAAGCGGAUAACUUGGUGAUAUGCUCUGUCAGGUACGAGGACAAAGGCAGUUAUGUCGUGAGCUACGCUACAAGCUAUAACCACCCCAUCUCAUCUACAGCGGAUUGUUUUCAAUUCCCAACUCGUUCAUUGUUUUGAUCGAUUCUAUCCAUUUUACCUUCAGUGCCUCUUUACAUCUACGCGUGUUGGCUAGUUCGCACAGCAUUGCUAACCUUCAAUUGACUCGAUUUCUCCAACAUGUCGUCUCAGCCCUCGACCAUCGAUCAAUUGAAGAACACAGCUUCUUCCGCAUACGAGACUGUAGCCAACAGUGUAUCUGCGACUUCUAAAGACGGCGUGUAUGAUCCUGACCAGGACAAGAAUAAAGUCGGAAAAGAUGCACACGGGAAUAAGUUUAGAAAGGGCGACUUUAAAGAUAAAUUGAAUCAAGCUGCUCGUGGGGUGCAACCAGAGAAGGAGAAGGAAGAAGCAAGCUUGACAGAGAAAGAUUGCUAAUGAUGAAAGCAUUGUCGUGGAUACCAGGCAUAAGUGCAUUGCAAAAGUCAACUUUUGAACAAGGACCGGAAGAUACAGCCAUGAAAGACAGUGAAGCACCCCCAGUUCGGCCACAGCACGAUGUACCAAUUGAACAAUUUUUGAGGAAGCAAUAUCAUAGCAGAAGUGGAGAUGGUAUCCCAAACCCCGGGGAAAGAAAUUGAUUGUCCGUAUGCUUCGAUCAACGAAGCUUUACGAACAUGUACGACAUGACAGGAAACAUGAAUGCGUACCGCAACGAUAACAUCGUUUGAACAAGGCGUUUGGAAGGGUUCUGAAUGGAACUUGUCAAAUUAUAUGGAAAUGGCAUGAAUGGGUGGCGUCCACAGCUGAGAGUAGCUUAGUAGGCUGCAGUUCGUAUUUGCUUUAUGGUACAAGAUAUUUUGUGGAUAUCUGCAUGUGUCAAUGCUUGUCAUCAAUAUACAAUGAUUCACCGCAGCUUUGGUCAAAUUCUUCCGAGGGCAACACAAUGAUCUCGGAAUCCGUAAACACAGGCA